AUGACUUUUGUGCCUUUAAGGAUACUCAAACUCGAUGAGGUGUUGAGAGCUUUGGCGGAAGAGAGAUGGGCAUGCCAGGCUGCUAAGGAGCAAUUGAGGUUGAGAGCACGUCUUAAGAUCAAGUUUCUAGAGAUCGAGGAUGUUUGUGUGUAA